AGAUGAACAUCAUGAGAUCAUUAUUCCUUCUUACAGGAUGUAUACAGAGAGCAGUGAUGAGCUCAAACUACGUCAUAGUGAUAAAGCAGCACUCUGAUACUGCUUAAAUGAUGGUGGGGCAGUAUAGCAGUACAGUUUCCUAUAAGUAUUUGUAUGACUCACCAAGAGUGAUGUAUCAUUUAAAUUUUUUAGUGGCAUCAUCAGACUGGAUAUAGAGAAAAAUUCAAAACUCUGAGCUUAAAACAAGUUUAUGAAUAAGAAUUUACAUAUCACUUGAAAUGUUAAAAAAUGAAGUUCUGUUUUGAUGCUAUGUCACAUGACCACCGUCACCAGGGAGAUCCCAGUGCGAUGAUCUCAAGUCCACUCUUCUUUGUUUAAACGUCUAUGAUUCAUCCCGCCCAUUUUCAGUUGAUAGUGACGUAAGAAAGGGGCGGUCCUAGACUAGCGCGACCGUUGAGUUUGACAGCAGCGACUCACCAACCGGCCACCGUUGUCUGCUGUGAUUUUUGAAACGAGAGAACCUGUGUUCAAACAACUGUCUUUUUUAUAACCAUGAGGAAGAGAAGCAGUAGUAACGCCAGCAGGAGAAGCUCAACAAACAGAAGACGCAGUGAGAAUUUGCGUUUUGAUGAAUUCGGCUUUGCUAUUCUUACCAAAAGAAAGGACCAAAAACUUCAUCAUCGAUGUCAUGACUACAGCUACCCCCAGCUGAGCUCACUGAGGGUCAAAGAGCUGUGUGAGCUGCUCAGCUACUGGAAUGGAGCCAGCUUUAUCUGCAAGAGCCAGAUUGAGCGAUUUAUCAGAAUGGGUAUUCCUCCGAGCCUGCGAGGCAGAGUGUGGAAGUGUCUUCUCAACACUGAAAGUCUGAGAGAAAACAGUGACUUCAGCUACCAGAAGUGCUUGUCAGAGGUGCGAGGGCCCCUGGUGGACUUGGGUGUCAGUGAGUACGGCAUCCUCUCAGCAAUAGCAACACUCAGCGACACACAGAAUGAUCUGGACUUGAACCAUCAGCAGUCCUCCAGCUGUCCGGAUACCUGCUACUCUGUAGAUGACAUCACAUUGUUUCGACAGAUCGCCUUGGACCUGCAGCGCUCCUUCCCAACCCACCGCUCUCUGAUGGGGGAGAGCCCAGAAGCCAUUGAAGGUCAGGCCAAGCUUUUCAGGGUCCUCAUUGCCUAUGCCAAGUACAACCCACAGGUUGGAUACAGCCAAGGGAUGUCCUACAUAGCUGCUGUGCUGCUGAUGCAGUUGGGAGAGGAGGAGGCGUUUUGGGCUUUGACCGCCUUGUUGGAUAAACCCAGAUAUCUGGCUGAACUGUUUGACCUCAGCUUCACCAAGGUCCAACAUCAAGUGAAGGUGUUUGACCAAUUCCUGAAACACAGGAAGCCAAAGCUCUCUCAGCACAUGGAGUCAGUGGGAGUCUUAUCAGUCCACUUUGUGAUGCCAUGGUUCCUUACACUCUUCACUUCCUUGCCCUGCUGGGACUCUGUCCUUGCUGUCUGGGAUCAUAUUUUUCUCCAUGGCCUGUCAGCUGUGUUUCGUAUCGCUCUGACCAUCAUCGAGCUCCUGGAGCCUCGACUGAUGGAGCUGAAUGAUGAAGGAGCAGUGUUACCCCUGCUGCUGAGAGUGCCUGUUGAUGUGGCCCAGUACACUGUUUUGGUCCCUGCCCUGUGGGCUACUGAGGUCCAGGACUGGGAGCUUAAAUGUAUGAACAGCCUGGUGAUGGACGAGACCCACCAUGCAUCCAAAGCAGAACAGUGUGAAAAGCAGAAAGAAACACUUUCCAGCCAAAUCAGAGGUAAAGAGGAAGAAAGUGUAUCAGCACCAUCAGAAGGAGAAAAAAAUACUGAGAAAGACACAGUUGCAGGGGCUAAAAGUGUCCUGACUCGGGUGAUGCGUCUGGCCCAGCGGUACCUGUUAGACCCAAUGGGCCGUCAGAGGGCUGAAGAGAAGAUUUCACAAACACAAGCCAAGCCCAGACAGCGUAGUCCUGCACCUGGACGAGUUUUCAGGAGUCGGACCUCAGCUUCACUGACACAUGCUCAGAUCAGAUCCAGGAGGCAGAGCCAGCAGAAAGGCAGAGCCCAGCAGCCGGUAGGGCAGGGGAAUAGUGGUGAUGUCACUGUGACAGAUACAGCUGGUUGUGGGAAAUCUGACAGAUCAGAGCAAACCUUCAAGAGGGCAGGCACUGGACCCGUUGGCAAGGUGGCCCGUCAUCAUAGUAACCACAACAUCAGAGUCAAGUCCCUCCGUCUUUUACGAAAUGGAAAGAACCCAUCGAGCAAGACCCCUGCUUCCUCCUCUAUCCUCCCUUCAUCGCUCCGUUCCUCUACCCUUCCUCCACUGUCCUCAAUCCCGUUUUCAACUCCUCCAUCAUCCAGUCCCUCUCAAAGCGACGAGCAACACAAGCAGCAAAACACAACCAGGAUGGCUUUCAUCAAGGAGUUGUCGUCCAGACAUCAGAUCAGUGUCCCACUCAGGAAUGUCCGGGAGUCGACUCUGAUCUGACCCUGAAGAGGUGAAGGGAUAAAAUCCACUACAUGUUUACAUUAUUACAUGUUUACAUUAUGAAACCACUUUAGUUAGUUAUGUAAAUCACAUGAUCUUGUUUGUUCUGGGACCUAGAUAAGUAACUAGCUCACACAAAAACCCGAAAUGAAAUCGGUGCACAGGUCAUGUGGGGACGUCAGUAAACACCUGUGUAAACCUGUAUUGGUUUAAGCUGCAGAUCAUCUGAUGUGACCCAGAUUGUGUACACUAGGUUAUGUCGAGCUUUAAAGCCAGAAUCUGAAACCUGCUGAUUGUUUUAAGUAGUAUACUGUAUGUGUGUGUGCGUGCACAUAUGCAUGUGCAUGUAGACCUGAAACUGUUUGAUAUUACUUUGUGCUGAGCUAGUGCUGCCUAUUUUUCCACUUGACCCAUGAAUGGAUAAGUCUGACUCUUUUUAUUGUCUCAUAUAGUUGCACUAAUAAAAUAUUGAUAUUUUACUUUUAAA